AUGGAUGCCCUCGAGCAGAUCUUCCUCGACUUCACCUCCUUCGGGGCGGGCCAGUCGGGGUCGUCGGAGAUGGACUCCGCCAAGUUCGUCAAGCUCGCGAAGGAUUGCAAAUUGGUGGGCAAGAACUUGUCCACGACCGACUUAGACCUAAUCUUCACAAAAGUCAAGGACAAGACCGCGAAGAAAAUCAACUUCGACACCUUCGUGGAGGCCGUGGAGCUAAUCUCGGAGAAGCUCGGCAAGAGCAAAGACGACGUGAUCCUCCUCAUCGUCUCCGCCAAGGGCCCCACAACCGGCGCGGCCACUGUUGCCGACAACGUGCGGUUCCACGAUGACAAGUCCACCUUCACCGGAGUGCACAACAACGGCGGGCCUACCAACAUCGACGGCCACAACGUCGACAUGGCGAACCAGCUCGACCGCUCGGAGGGCGCCGACGUGAGGGGGGUCAAGGAGUACCAGAACGACUCCCGCAGCAGCGGCUCUUCGGCGGUCCCUAGGCGCUCCAGCCAGGGGGAGACGGCGCGGCGUGCCUCCGGUGGCAAAACCACAGCCCAAAGGAAGUCAUCCACCCAAGGCAAGGGAGCGGCGACGGCUACCGCUUCCUCUGCCGCCGCCCCGCGCAAGUCCUCGUCCUCUGCCGCCGCCCCACGCAAGUCUUCGUCUUCUGCCGCACCGCGCGGAUCAGCCAGCAUCGGCCCGAUCGGUCCCGCCGCUAUCGGCGCCGACGGCAGCGUGCAGGACGUGGAGCAGCGGGUCGCGGAUGUGUUCGUGGCUUUCGCUUCCAGCGUCGCAAAGGUAACUGUGGAUAUAGCCUACGAAAGCGGAAGGGAUAGGCUUUAGCAAGGCGUUCGUAGUUAAGCCUAGCCUUUUUCGUGCCCCCGAUUCCGUGUCUAUGUCUUUGCUGCGAGAGCAGGCGAGUGGAGAUAAAUCAAAGACGGCAUGGUGCUAUCGUGAGAUAUUUUCAACCGACAGUCUGAAGUUUGUCAUUUUUUUGGUGCGUUGUAGCUCGAACGCUACCGAUUCCGGAGCGAGUGGUGUCGAUGAAGCACGGCGACCGCCUCCGUGUUUCGGCACUAUUUCAUAAUUGUUGAAAAGACCGUCCCCGGGGAUGAUCGUUUUAACGGUGGUAAGAAAACGACUUUUGUGUUCCCCCGUGGCAGUAAGCAAGCCGGCACGUAAACACCGCAGUGUCACACAGCACCUAAGUCAGCACCAAACCUUGAAUACACCCCCCCCCCCUGAUGAUCCGAAUACCUCACGGCACUUCGCGCUUGGUGAUGUGAGAGCCUGGUCCGGUGAGAGCCCGGCGUGCUCCGUCCCGGCUUUGUAGGGAUGCGAGGUCAAUGGUCUAACGACUACGGCAUGCACGACUAUGAGUACACCCCCCCUC